AUGUCGGAAGAAAAAGUCGUCGCCGUGAUCAUGGUCGGAGGACCGACCAAAGGAACUCGUUUUCGUCCAUUAUCGUUCAAUACACCGAAACCGUUGAUUCCCUUAGCUGGGCAACCGAUGAUUCAUCAUCCUAUUUCUGCUUGUAAAAAGAUACCGAAUCUGGCUCAGAUAUUUCUGAUUGGAUUUUACGAGGAAAGAGAAUUCGCUUUGUAUGUUUCUUCCAUAUCUAGGGAGCUGAAGAUUCCAGUACGAUACUUAAAAGAAGAUAAGCCUCAUGGUUCCGCUGGUGCGCUUUAUUACUUUAGAGAUCGAAUCAUGGAAGAAAAACCGUCGCAUGUUUUCCUCCUCAAUUGUGAUGUUUGCUGCUCUUUCCCUCUUCAAGACAUACUCGACGCACAUCGAAGCUACGGUGGUGUUGGAACUAUGCUAGUUAUCAAGGUUUCUGCAGAAGCAGCGAGCCAAUUUGGAGAGUUGAUAGCUGAUCCUGAGACUAAAGAACUCCUACAUUACACAGAGAAACCCGAGACUUUCGUUAGUGACUUGAUCAACUGUGGUGUCUAUGUGUUUACCUCGGAUAUCUUCAAAGCCAUUGAAGGAGUAUACAACCAAAUGAGAGAGACAUCAGCUAGCAACUACCAGAUUUCGAAUCAGUUCCAGUCGGCUACAAGGUCUGUUCCUGCGGAUUUUGUGAGAUUAGAUCAAGAUAUAUUAUCACCACUUGCUGGAAAGAAGCAACUAUACACAUAUGAGACCAAGGAUUUUUGGGAGCAGAUUAAAACUCCAGGGAAGUCUUUGAAAUGCUCGGAUUUAUAUCUCUCGCAAUUCCGGGAAACAUCGCCUCAUCUUUUGGCUUCAGGAGAUGAUACUAAUAAGAAACCGACGAUUGUUGGUGAUGUGUAUAUUCACCCAUCUGUAAAACUACAUCCAACCGCAAAGAUUGGUCCAAAUGUGUCAAUCUCAGCAAACGUUCGUGUUGGACCUGGUGUAAGACUUAUUAGCUGCAUAAUCUUGGACGAUGUUGAAAUCAAGGAAAAUGCUGUUGUUAUAAACUCGAUCAUCGGUUGGAAAUCUUCGAUAGGUCGAUGGUCAAGAGUUCAAGCUAGUGGAGAUUACAACGAGAGGCUUGGAAUCACAAUUCUUGGUGAAGCUGUGACAGUAGAAGAUGAAGUUGCAGUCAUAGGAAGCAUUGUUCUUCAGAAUAAGACUCUUAAUGUCAGUGUUCAAGACGAUAUCAUCUUAUGA